AUGGUAUUAAACGGCGAAAAUUUGUGCGUAAAUCCCACCCGAAGAAUUAGCUACCCCUAUGAUGGUUAUAACGUACAAAUGGGGUCUCCAUUUUACGCCGGCAGUAUGGGCGAGUUAUGCCACUCCAACCCAUUAAUUAGAAAAAGGCACCUUCGUGCAUCUCCACUUUUUAGUGCACAUAGAUGCAGACUACAUCAUUUUCAAAGACACGCGGAAGUUCCCGUUUUUCACAAGGCACCAAAGAUUGUGGAAGUUCCGGAAGUGAGAGAAGUAACAAGAUUUGUAGAUUCCGUAAAGGUGGUAGACAUCCCAGUGGAACAGGUUAGAAUUGUCCCCAAAUUAAAAAUAAGAGAAAUCGAAAAAAUAAGACAUGUACCAGGUCCAGUAGAAUACGUCGAUAUUGAACAGGAACAUAUUGUUCACAAACCGUACACAAAAGUAAUAGAAAAAAUUUACGAGGUGCCUGAAGUGGAAGAUGUACAAAUAGAGGUGCCAAUUUAUGUGCCUACGCCAGUUGGCCCUCCGAAGGACGUCUAUAUUAAUGUCCCUUUACCGUAUGACAUUCCACAAUUUUGCUACAAACCAGAUAAACAAAUUGCACAAGGAGUUCCAUACCCUACAUUUCAGAGGGUGGUAAAUAACGAUUCUAAUCAUUACGACGGGGAAGAUGCAUUCGAUGGUUAUGCAUCAGAUGUGGGUUCCCCUAAAAGGGAAAAAGGCGAAAUGUAUUCAGCUGCCCAAAUGAAGCGAAGUGCUACAGGUACAGAUAGUCGGGUAAAUGAUGGAUAUUAUAAGAGGGACUAUUCUAAAAAUGAAACCCAUAUGGAUGGCCGCUACAUGGAUGAAGGAUCGCGCAACUAUUAUGAUUAUCAGGAUGGGGGUACCCAUAACGAGAACGAAAAUUACAAUACGUAUGCUAGUAAUUACAGAUAUGACAGCAGAGGGAAUGGGAUUACCCAUAACGAAAAUAACCUGAACUCAUCUGAACCGUUUGAUAAAUACUAUUAUUCCUAUUCGGCUUAUAAUGACAAUAGGGGGAGACACACCCAAGAGGAAAACUAUGAAGACAACAAGAAUUAUGUGUACAGUAAAGAUUUUUCGGAACAAAGUUCGCCCACCAAGAGAACCUCAGCGGAACUUAUAGUGAAGCAGUCCAAAAGGUCGUUCUACUAA